AAUGGCGGCUCCUCGUUUGUCAAUGGUUGUUAGGCGAGGACUUUUCCAAUGUCUACCGUCUUCAAGAAUUAGUCAAGUGCCAACAAGACAUCAGAUCCCAGCCCUACUAUGUCCAUGUAGUUUCCAUAGCUCAUCUGUGUUAUUGUCUGGAGGCGAAGCGAAUGUGAUAUACCGUGAUGGAUUACCUGUAUUUACUGUGCCUUUACCGUCUCGAAAAGAGACCUGUGAAUUUACGCUCAAGCCAGUCACCCAUACAGUUGGGGAUUUCCUCAAGUAUAUCAAAGAAGAAGAUGGUGGAGUUGACAGAGCAGUCAUCUCUACAGAUGAGGGUAAAAGGAUAUCUCAGUCAACAACCAUUGAUGUUUUACUGAGACAGAACUUUCAAAUCUCAAUCAACGAUGAGGUCCAUCAAUUUUCCCCACCUGAUUACAAGGCAUUACCAAGUGAACAUGUAGCAGAACUGUCGGAUAUGAAGUCUUUGAUCUCUGACCUGUACUGCAGACUCCACAUCGAUCAGUACCAGAUAGAGAAAGAAAAACUAUUAAUGAAACAACUAGAGGACCUCAAACUGGAGUUAGCUCCCUUAGAACAGGUCCGCAAAGAUCUAGAGGUAAAGGCCAACAGACGCACUGUGAACCUGUCCUGGGUGGGACUUGGUCUGAUGGGGGUCCAGUUUGGGGUGCUGGCUCGACUCACCUGGUGGGACUACUCUUGGGAUAUAAUGGAGCCUGUCACCUACUUCAUCACAUAUGGCACUACCAUCGCCAUGUAUGCCUACUUUGUCCUCACUAAACAGGAAUACAAUUUUGUUGAUGUCAAGGAUAGGCAAUACCUCUUGGGAUUCUACAGAAAUGCAAAGAAGCAGAAAUUAGAUGUACAGAAGUACAAUGAGAUAAAGGAUGCCAUAGCGGAGGUACAGCAUGACAUUAGACGACUGAGAGAUCCUCUCCAGAAACGAAUUCCAAUGAAGGAAUUGUAGACUGCCCCACCAUUAUGACCACUCUGUUGAUACUGAUUGACAUCAUAGACAAAGCAUAUCAUUUCCUUUUGUAUGAGUAGUGUUGAUGUAAGAGACUGAUCAGUAUCGAUCACAUCUAAAUCUCUUCCUUGUUUGUCUCCUUGUUUACAUGUAAGUUUUCCUUUUGAAAAAUGUAUAUUUAAUUUGUACCUUUGACCAAUGGCACAUCAAGUAAGUUUGUAUGUUAUGUUACUGCCCUGAUAACUGAAUAGAAACAGCCAUUAGAGCUAUUGAAAUGAAAAGCUGUUUACAUAACACGGUACAACAUUGUUUUUAGGAUUUUCAUAAGUUAUUUUUUCUUUUCUAAUGAAGAAUAAGGAUUUGAGAUAUGAGAGUGUAGUGGGGUUCAGACUGGUAACAACUGUAGUGAAUAUGUUGUGCUUAUCUUGAAUCAAUUGUGUUGGCAUUUACCAGCUUCAUUAUGUAUUCAAAAGUCAAAUAAUCGGAUGGCUUUUUGGGAAUAUACUAUUUGGUAAUACCUUCUUGACAUCAAUGAUAAAUCAAUUCAAAAUAUUUUGGAAUAUUUUUUUUGUCUGAUUAAGCUGGUUAAGUUAUGAUAAAACAGUGAUCUGAUUAUAAUUGACUGAAACCAACUAGGGCAAUAAGCAUUUUUAUUUCCUGGAAUGUGGUGUGUGUCUCUCAGAGUAAACCAGUUUUGAAAAAAAUGUUUUGUAUGCUUUGUAAAGUGUAAAUUGGCUUCAUAAAUUCAAUGUCCUCACUAUUUAUUUAGAUUUUUUGGUAGUUUGUACAAGGUAACAACAUCUAAAUAAUUUGAACACCAGGCCUGUUCCAUCUGAACUUUCUAACAAUUAGAGUUGUUUCAAUAUCCUGAUCUUCCUGAUCAUUAUACAAUUAAUAUAAUGUUACAGACAUUAUAAACAGGGUUAUUUUGUUCAUGUAAAAAUUCAUAUAUUCAAGGAUGUAUGUACAUAACAUUGGAUACUCUGUGACAUGUCAGAAACGGUUUAAAAUAUGUAAACAUUGAAAAAUCAAAAAAAUGAAAAAUACCUCACAGUCUAACCACCGCUAAUUCACAGCAGCUUUCCUUGUGAUACUGUGUUUCUGUGUUUUCCUCCACAAAAUAAUAUGUACAGUAAAAACAAAUAUCUAUUAAAUAUAUUGAACCUUCCAUUGGAAUGUUUAAGUUAUAUCAUUCAACCCCAACAAAAAUUCAGAGUUCUGUGAGUCAGUUUCUAUUUCUCCAGGUUACAUUUUACAUUGGGCUAUGGGAUGAAGUUUCAUGGUUAAAUUUAUUCCCAAACCAAAAUUGACAAAAAUGUGAGCUAGAAAUAUCCUAAGGCAAUGUUGAUCUGUGCAUUUAUUACCGUGUAACAUUAAAUAUUGAUGUGUUUAUGAAAUUAAGUUAAGAUUGUUUAUGUAACAUUACGGUGGUGGAUACUUAUAUAUUAUAUAGCAUCUUCUGGGUGGCAGAGGUCAAGGUAACCUUAGAUCUGUUAAAACAAUAUUCAUUACUGCCAGUUUGCUAGAAUCAUCUGUCUCUAAUGUGAGAUUGGUAAAUUAUGUAUGUAAGCAAUGAAAGUCACUUGCACAACACAUAUAUCAACAUAUAUAAAAAUUAGUUAUAUAGUUAACACUGCCAUCUACUCUAUCCUUAUGUCUCAAUAAUACAAUUCCAGAUAUAACAUCAUGAAGGAACUACCCCUCGAUUGAAAGACAAAAUCUAACGACCAUUAUCAGACACACCCUCAUUUUCUUUUCAUUGUAAUUUAUAAACAAAAGCCUCAUUUCAAUAUUGAUUAUAGCGCCAAAAUGAAAUAUAAUAUGAAAACAAGUCCAUGUUGAGCUUUAUGUUAUAAUAUGUAUUUACUGCUAAGAUUCUGUAGAGUUUGCAGGUUGCAGUUUGUUAAUUGUGAAACUGUUGUUUUACGUCUCGGAUUAAGACUUCAACAGAUCUAACCUGCUUACCUAUAGUAUUACUUAUCCUUCAGAUUUACUCUCCACCAAACAUUUCUGCAUGAGUAAGGAGUUUGAGAUUUUUUGUAAAUUCGUUUUUAUAAUAACUGCUGAGAGUUUUCAUUCAGUUGGGUAAAAAGAGGUGACUUUUUUCAGAUAUCAACUACACUCAGGGAAUGGCUGCAAUACUUUUUGAAACUUUCAGUUGCAGUAAUUAUUGAACUGAUGAGUGGUGUCAGUAGUAGCUCAGGUCUGAUUGGACUGAAAUAUUUGCAAAGAAAAUUUACUUAAACACCUGUUCAGACCUUUUUUUUACAUAAAAAUAUACAAUUACAUCUGAAAUAUUGUCAUUGUAGCUAGAACUAAUCCCUACAUUUUGUAGAUCUUUCUCGAUAUUUAGAAAUUGUGGAAAUAAAGAUUUUCUUGGCUUAAUCAGCAGUUUUUUUAAACCUUCAGGCUUGUAUGUGUAGACUGCUUUUCUCUUUCUCUUUGUCUUUGUCCAUGUUUGUGAAAUAAUUCAACAAUUAUCAACUUUACUCCUUUUGUCUUUUUUGAUCAAUAAGAAAAACUGGCAUUCAUAUUUCUCAGCCAUGGUUAGAAGCCUCUGUCUAUUGUAACAAAAUUUAGAAGCAUAUCAUAAUGUACAAGUAUACAAUAAUCCAUAGCUCUAUAUAUAAUCAGUGUAUUUAUGAUUUAACACAAACCUGUUCACUGUAGACUAGAGUAGUAGUAGACCCGAGUGAUAUCUCUGGCACUGUACUGUAGUGUAUACUUAGUGUUUUGUUUGAUUUCCCCUACAAGCAUUGACUGGCCUGUACAUGUGUCAACCAGGUAUUCUCAUCAGCUAAGUACUUGUUAGGAUGUAAAAGCUGGGUUUUUUUCGAGACUUUGUGAUAACAUUUUUGUAAGUGGUAAGAGUAGUAUGAAUUGUUAUCACAACUGUUUUCAUGAUGGGAAUUUCAUGUAUAUGACAAACCUGUGUUUGACAUCUCACAAUUUCUUUGGUUUUUAUGGUAACCAUUCUCAUGGUGAAUAUCAUGAGAAAUAUUAAUAUGGCAGUGGUUUCUAUGGUAACAACUUUCUUUAAAAAGAGCACAUUAAGAAACCUGAGAGGUUCCAGUGAUGUUUGUUAUAUGAGCACCACUGGAAACUUGAGUGUAAGAGCGGUUACUAUGGUUACUAUGGGUGGCUAUAAUUCCAUUGAAUUCUUUAUAUUGUGACUAUAACAGUUUAAACACAGAGCCUGACAAAAAAUGUUGUGAUGAUUUGGAACAAUUUGGUAACUGUGUGGCUACAGGAUAAGAUGUUGGUGUUGUAGGAGCAUCCUUUCGUUAUUAAAUGUACACAUUUUUCCUAAAGUAAUGCUUAGCUGUGAUACACAUAUCCUUUUUUCAUUUUGGAUUAUUGGUUUCAUAUGAAUGUUCUCAUAAAGCUGGUGACCCUUGGAACACGGUACAGCCCGUCUUCAACUUGCUCAAAGACUUCUUUUUCAAAUUUUUUAGUUGUUGAAAAUUAAAUUUACUAAUGGUGUAAUUUCACUUUAUCAUUUUAUGAUAAGAUAGAACAAUUGGUAUCAUUUUAUUCUAAAAGACCUUUAUUUAAAAAUCCAAAUCAUCCUAGCCAAUGAAUAAGAAAUAUGCCAGAGACAGAGUUAUUUCUUUUCUUUCUAAAAAUUGAUUUUUUUUAACCAUUUUGCCUAAAAGGAGAUGUGAUAAUAUUUCGUAAAAACAGUAAAGUAUAUACAUUUGUAAACACUGUGACAAAAGAAGAAACUUACUGAACAAACACAGAUCAAUCUGUCUUGACUCUGAUAGAUAGUUAUUUAACACACAAAUCUAAAAGUCCAUGUUUAGGACCAUUUACAGUUAAGGGAGAUGUGAAAAAUAAAAAGACUGCAAAUCAAUUGAAUGGAACAAAACCACUAUCAAGGCUAUGAAAAUAAAACAGAUUGGAAUUUCUGGGCGAGCUUGAAGGAUGAGCACUUACACUAGUAAUUGGUCGUUGGAUACAGAUUUGUUUCAUCUCCAUGACUCUUCUAAUGUUGGGCAUGUCUUCAUGACAAACAUAAGUGUUCCGAUCAGUCAGUAGUAGAUAUACAGUACUGUGAAUAGGUAGACCAUUGACAAGGUAUAAUACAGUGUGGAACAUGUAUAGCAAGGCUUUGUAUCCAGUACAUAUGUACAUUAUUGAAAUGGCAUUUUCUCAUCAAAAUAAGAAUGACAAAUCUAUAAAUAUCUUUCAUAGUUUGACAAAUCUAUAAAUAUCUUUCAUAGUUUUAUAAAUUUAUUUCUGUUAUAAAAAGAUUUUGAUGAUUUUUCGUUGUAUAACUCAAGUACAAUGGUAAAUAAUGAUAAAGAUAUUGACAUACCAAUGUAUAAGUAUAUAUACGUGUUUAUACGCAUUUCAUAUAUUGUAUAACUAGAGGACUUUUUUUUCCAAUUGAAUUCUUAUAGCUGUGUGAGUGAUCUUGGCUACAUAUAUAUAUAUAUAUAUAUAUAGAAUUUAUGUAUUUGAUUGUAAUAGAAAAAUAGCAUUUAACUGCAAAAAAAGUAUUUAAUUUGAGUUUAAUUUUAAUAUUAUAUACUUGGUUUCUCCAUGUUGACAAGUUGUUGAAUGUUAUUUUUAAAGAUUUUCCUUUCUUUUCCUGUUUUUAAAUGAGCUGUUUCUUGAUGAAUGAAAUGAUGUAAUUUUAUUGAAGGUUUUUUCAUCCUUUUGUAAGUGAGGAAAGACAAUGUGUGAACCAAUUUUCUAGGUAUGUACAUCCAGUUACUCUCUACUACACAUACAUUAAAAAGUUUAUUCUCUCAAAUUGA